AUGAUCAUUGAUUUSCUUGAAGAAGAGGMGGAAGAAGAUAAUUUAUUUUUACUUGAAUUCGAUCUUACGAAACAACCUUCAAAUAGAGUGAAAACCCMCAUUUCUGCAUCAGAAAAGUUGGCGAUUACCUUGAGAUAUAUGGCUAMUGGUGAAUCUUUUCGWUCAUUGUCAUUUGGUUUUCGUGUUUGUCAYAGCUAUAUAAGCAAAAUUGUUYAACAAACAUUGGCCGUUUUGAAAACAAAAUUAGUUCCAAUUUUUAUACCUAAUCCAAGUACUAUCGAUUUCAAAUCCAAAGCUGCAGAAUUUAGUUGCAAAUGGAAUUUCCCUAACUGCAUUCUUGCAAUUGAUGGCAAACAUAUACGGAUACGUAGUCCAAACAAUUCUGGAUCUUUAUUUUACAAUUAUAAGGAUUUUUUUUCCAUAGUUUUACUCGCUAUGGUUGAUGCUAACUAUAAAUUUAUAGUAGUUGACAUAGGUUCCUAUGGAAAGGAAGGCGAUAGUGGAAUUUUUCUGAAGUCUGUUAUGGGUAAACAAGUAUUAAAUGGUUCGUUUGGUUUUCCCGAAGAUUGUGUAUUACCUGGGUCUGACAUAGUCGURCCCCAUGUGAUUGUUGGUGAUGAGGCUUUCCGAUUGCAUCACCAUAUUAUGAAGCCAUAUACAAAACAAGCAAGUAGAAACGAUGUAACGAAGAAAACAUUCAACUACAGACUCAGUCGUGCAAGACGAGUAACCGAAAACGCUUUCGGUUUAUUGAGUCAAAUUUUUAGGGUGUUUUACCAUYCAAUUAAUAUUGAAACAUCAACCUGUGAUAAUCUGAUUUGG